UCCAUCCAUUGCCUCUGUUUGCCCAAUUGGUCCAGCAGCAAUGCCACCCCCGCCGGCGACGGCGACGGCGGCGCAGCACCUGGAGCUCCUCCUCCCGCGCCUGACCACGCUCUCACACUACAAGCAGUUCCACGCGCGCCUUCUCAGCUCAGCCGUCCUCCACCUUGACCCCUCCCUCCGCGCCCGCUUCCUCGACCGCCUCGCGCUCUCGGACCACCCCGCUGCGUUGCCCCACGCACUCCUCUUCCUCCGCUCCCUCCCUUCUCCUGCCACCAAUGACUUCAACGCCGCCCUCCGAGGCCUCGCCGCAUCUCCCCACCCCGCGCGCUCGCUUCUCCUCCUCGCCGGGCGCCUCCUUCCCUCGCCAUCCCCGCCGCCUCCUCGCCUCGACGCGCUCUCCCUGUCCUUCGCACUGAAGGCAUCCGCCCGGUGCUCCGAUGGCACCGCCACCCUCCAGCUCCACGCUCUCCUCCUCCGCCUCGGCUGCACGCCCGACGUCCGGCUGAUCACCACUCUGGUCGACUCGUAUGCCAAGUGUGGCGACCUCGCAUCCGCGCGGAAGGUGUUCGAUGAAAUGGUCGUGCGCGACGUGGCCUCAUGGAAUGCGUUGCUUGCCGGUCUGGCUCAGGGGACUGAGCCGACCCUUGCGUUGGCUCUGUUCCACAGACUGGUAGGGAGCUUCCGCGAGUUGCCACCAAGGGAGGAACCCAAUGAGGUGACCAUCGUUGCGGCGCUUUCUGCCUGUGCACAGAUUGGCUCGUUACAGGAUGGGUUGUAUGUGCACGAGUUUGCUCGUAAAAUAGGCGUCAACGGAAAUGUCCGUGUUUGCAAUGCACUUAUUGAUAUGUACUCCAAGUGCGGUUCGUUGGACUUGGCGCUAGAAGUGUUCCACUCCAUCAAACGAGAAGACCGGACACUUGUGUCAUACAAUACUGCUAUACAGGCAGUUUCCAUGCAUGGACAUGGGGGCGAUGCACUAAGGUUGUUUGAUGAAAUGCCAACAUUUAUUGAGCCAGACGAAGUGACUUAUAUUGCUGUGCUGUGUGGGUGCAACCAUGCUGGGCUUGUGGACGACGGUCUCAGGGUUUUUCAUAGCAUGAGGGUUCUUCCUAAUGUGAAGCACUAUGGUGCUGUCGUGGAUCUUCUUGGCCGUGCAGGCCGCCUUGCUGAGGCAUAUGACACCAUUGUGUCUAUGCCAUUUCCAGCGGAUAUUGUCCUCUGGCAGACAUUGCUGGGUGCGGCCAAGACGCAUGGUGAUGUUGAGCUUGCGGAGUUAGCUGCCACAAAGCUUGACGAACUUGGUUCAAAUGUUGAUGGUGACUACGUCCUCCUCUCUAAUGUAUAUGCAUCCAAGGCACGGUGGGCAGAUGUUCGUCGAGUCCGUGAUACCAUGCGAAGCAAUGAUGUGCGGAAAGUGCCUGGUUUCAGCUAUACAGAGAUAAGUGGUGUGAUGCAUAAGUUUAUUAAUGGUGACAAAGAGCACCCAAGGUGGCAGGAGAUUUACAGAGCACUAGAGGAAAUUGUGUCAAGAAUAGGCGAGCUGGGAUAUGAGCCAGAAACAAGCAAUGUGCUUCAUGACAUCGGGGAGGAGGAGAAGCAGUAUGCAUUAAGCUACCAUAGCGAAAAGCUGGCCAUUGCAUUUGGGUUGAUUGCCACACCACCUGGUGAGACCCUGCGGGUGAUAAAAAAUCUCCGAACAUGUGGGGACUGUCAUGUAGUGGCAAAGCUCAUAUCUAAAGCCUACGGCAGGGUGAUUAUCAUUCGGGAUAGAGCAAGAUUCCAUCAGUUUGAAGAUGGGCAGUGCUCUUGCAAGGAUUACUGGUAAAAUGCUGCCAUACUGGAUCAUUUACAGGAUUAAGUGUAGGUAAAAAAAGAUCGGUAGACUUUUCUAGUCUAAUAUGCGGGUGGAUGUUGAUAAUGAGCCACUGAAUUCUCAGGGUUAGCACUUAGCACAUCUCAAGCUUGUCAACAUAUAUGUUCGUACAAACCCAGCUUACCUGCACGGAUUCCUGUGACCCAACCUUCAUUUGAGAAGAAUCUUGCAAGUAAACCCAACUCCACGAGCUUGAACUUUCUUCUGAUUUGUGUUUUUUGAUAAGAAUCUUUAGCAGAGGCUCUGACAGAGGAAUAAGUGGAAAGAGGCAAAAUUUGUACAAGGAUAUAUACAAGAGAGACACCAGACUCAAGGAGUUUAGGUACAAAAGACACACACACACACCAGGAACAGAAUACUGUGCCAAACAGCGAAGAAAUAAAGUUACAGGGCCAAGAAUGUUCACAAACCAUCAAGGUGUAUGCUCACUGAGAGGCUAUCGAAUAUUGCCCCCAUAAGGUAUAAGCUGAUAAUUCGCCACUAGCAUCAUGCACUUAUGCUAGUAUGCUAUUAGCAAGAACGACGAGGUGUGUGCGGGAUAUGGAUCAUGCUAUUUUUCCGUGCUGGGACCUAAGAGAAGUUAUCAUAUUCAUGCAGCUAAAAAAUUAUGUACAGCACUCUGUAGUUUCUCCAACCCUCUUACAGUAACAUGAUAGAUUAUACUGAUGGUUUCUUUUUUAUUAACAGUCAUUUAAUUCAUCUGAGAUCAAAUUGUCUAACCUUUGAAGAUUCUUUUUUAAGGACUUCUGGGUCUGCAAAAUAAGAUGCUCCUUCAUACUCUUUUCUCUA